UAUUACCCUCGCGUUUGGAACUCCGAAACCGAUAAAAGAGAAAAUAUCGAAAAUUGAAAAAUCCUCUCUCUCUCUCUCUCUCCAAAAACCCUAGGGUUUCUAGGGUUUCAAAGAGAAGCUAGAUUUCUAGGGUUUGAGAGAAGCUGGAUUAUCUCUCCUUCGUCCGUCUAAUCUCGAUGCGCCGCUGGUUCAGCGGUUUCGUCGAUUAGCUUCGAUUUCUCUGCGUUUCUCACACUCUCUCACAAUUUGUAAUUUGGUGGAUUUUUUGAUGGCAUUGGGAGAUCUGAUGGCGUCGAGAUUCUCUCAAUCUACGGUUUCCGUCUCGAACCAUCUUGAUGAGUGCUCGGGCACUGGUGCAGACGAUGGGGAUUUUGGGAGUGGCUCCAGGAGGGAAUCGGACGGUGCGAGCAGUAGCAGUAAUGUGACAGCGGUGACGACGAUGACGUGCAUGGCGUAUUUGCCGCAGACGGUGGUGUUUUGUGAGCUGCGUCAUGAAGGGUUUGAGGAUAGCUUGCCGUCCGGGCCUUCAGAGAGCGGGCCGGUCUCGAAAUGGCGGCCAAAGGACCGGAUGAAGACUAGUUGUGUGGCUCUUGUUUUAUGUUUAAAUAUAAGUGUUGAUCCACCAGAUGUAAUCAAAAUAUCUCCCUGUGCCAGGAUGGAGUGCUGGAUAGAUCCAUUCUCCAUGGCAGCUCCAAAGGCACUAGAAACAAUCGGAAAAGCCUUGCAUUCACAAUAUGAACGGUGGCAACCUCGGGCUCGGUAUAAGCUUCAACUUGAUCCUACAGUGGAUGAAGUGAAGAAGCUUUGUAAUACCUGCCGCAAAUCUGCUAGGUCAGAGAGAGUGCUCUUUCAUUACAAUGGGCAUGGAGUACCAAAACCAACUGCUAAUGGUGAAAUUUGGCUUUUCAAUAAGAGUUAUACACAAUACAUUCCACUGCCAGUUAGUGAUCUUGAUUCCUGGCUGAAGACACCCUCGAUAUAUGUAUUUGACUGCUCCGCUGCAGGGAUGAUUGUCAGUGCGUUCACAGAGCGUCAAGAUUGGAAUUCUUCGGGUUCAUCUUCGUCUUCAAUGAAGGACUGCAUUCUGCUUGCUGCCUGUGAAGCACAUGAGACUCUUCCUCAGAGUGCUGAGUUCCCUGCUGAUGUUUUCACAGCCUGUCUCACUACGCCUAUAAAAAUGGCAUUGCAAUGGUUUUGCACUCGCUCAUUGCUGCGUGAUUCCCUCAAACCUGGUGAUAUAGACAAAAUACCUGGGCGCCAAAAUGACCGGAAAACACUCCGGGGGGAGCUAAAUUGGAUUUUCACAGCAGUGACUGACACAAUUGCCUGGAAUGUCCUCCCACACGAUCUUUUUCAGAGGUUGUUCAGGCAGGAUCUGUUAGUUGCUAGUCUGUUCCGGAAUUUCUUACUUGCUGAGCGAAUUAUGCGAGCUGCAAAUUGUUCCCCGGUUUCAUUUCCAGUGUUGCCUUCGACUCAUCAACACCAUAUGUGGGAUGCGUGGGACAUGGCUGCUGAAAUCUGUCUUUCUCAGCUAAAAUCAUUGAUUGAUGAACCAAAUGCGGACUUCCAGCCAAGCCCUUUCUUCACGGAGCAGCUGACAGCAUUUGAAGUAUGGCUUGAUCAUGGAUCUGAACAUAAAAAACCACCAGAGCAGUUGCCUAUCGUUCUUCAGGUUUUGCUUAGUCAGUCUCAUCGAUUUCGUGCGCUGGUACUUCUUGGGAGGUUCCUGGAUAUGGGACCUUGGGCUGUAGAUCUGGCCUUGUCAGUUGGAAUCUUUCCCUACGUGCUUAAAUUGCUGCAAACAACAGCAACAGAAUUGCGCCAAAUUCUUGUAUUUAUUUGGACAAAGAUCCUUGCACUUGAUAAGUCUUGUCAGGUUGAUCUGGUAAAGGAUGGUGGGCACAUAUAUUUUAUUAAGUUCCUUGACAGCAUGGAUGCUUAUCCAGAGCAGCGUGCAAUGGCUGCUUUUGUUUUGGCGGUUAUUGUGGAUGGAAACCGGCGGGGACAGGAGGCCUGUAUUCAGGCGAAUUUGAUACAUGUAUGCUUGAGGCAUCUGCAACUUGCAAAUCCACAUGAUACACAGACUGAGCCUCUACUUCUCCAGUGGCUUUGUCUCUGUCUUGGAAAGCUGUGGGAGGAUUUCCCAGAAGCACAGACAAUUGGUUUACAGGCAGAUGCACCAGCAAUAUUUGCGCCUCUGCUCUCAGAACCUCAACCUGAGGUCAGAGCUUCCACUGUUUUUGCUUUGGGUACCCUUCUUGACGUUGGAUCGGACACUUUUAGAGAUGGGGUUGGAAGUGAUGGAGACUGUGAUGAUGAUGAAAAGAAUAAAACUGAGUUAAAUAUUGUCAAAAGCCUCUUGAAAGUUGUUUCAGAUGGAAGCCCUCUGGUUAGGGCAGAGGUUGCUGUAGCUCUUGCACGAUUUGCCUUUGGCCACAAUAAGCACCUGAAGUCAAUUGCUGCUGCAUACUGGAAGCCGCAAUCUAAUUCUCUGCUGAAUUCAUUGCCAUCUUUGGCUACUAUUAGGAGUCCAAGUAGUGGCUAUACUAACACAAGCCAGUACUUGCAGCCAGCUAGUGCCAUUCCUUCCCAAAUUGGUCCUGUACUGAGAGUUGGCAGUGACAACACGGCUGUAGGCCGAGAUGGAAGGGUCUCUACAAGCAGCCCACUUGCAUCUUCUGGGAUAAUGCAUGGGUCCCCAUUGUCGGAUGAUUCUUCUCAUCAUUCAGAUUCCGGUAUAUUAUCAAGAGAUGGUGCAAGUAAUGGGGUCAUUAACUUUUCAAGGCCAAGAUCCCUAGAUACCACAAUGUAUUCUGAAUGUGUACUAGCAAUGUACACGCUAGCCAAAGAUCCGUCUCCUCACAUUGCUAGUCUGGGCCGACGGGUACUCUCUAUAAUUGGUAUUGAACAAGUAGUCACAAAGGCAUUGAGGUACAGUGGUGGUAGUAGUGUUCGGCAGGGAGAGACCACUGGUGCAUCUCCUACUCCUAGCCUUUCUGGAUUAGGGCGAUCAUCUUCAUGGCUUGACAUGAAUGCAGGUCAUUUGACAUUUAGAACUCCUCCUGUGAGCCCUCCUCGACCGAAUUACCUGACGGGUAUGCGUCGAGUUUGCUCUGGUGGAUCUUUAGAGUUCAGGCCGCACCACUUGAAUUCACCUGAUGGAUUGGCUGUCCCACUGUUGGGUUCUGGUGGAGCUUCCGGGACUUCAGAGCGCAGUUUGCUUCCACAAUCAACCAUCUACCAUUGGAGUUGUGGCCACUUUUCAAGGCCCCUCCUUACUACAGCAGAUGAUAAUGACGAAAUAUUGGUAAGAAGGGAAGACAGGGAGAAAUUUGCGCUGGAUCGCAUAGCUAAAUGCCAGCACUCUUUUGCAGCUGUAAGCAAGCUUAACAAUCAAAUUGCUAUUUGGGAUACGAAGUUUGAAAUGGGUACAAAAGCAGCUUUGUUGCAGCCAUUCUCUCCGGUCGUGAUUGCUGCAGAUAAUUUUGAACGGAUCAGGAUAUGGAACUACGACGAUGCUAAACUACUAAACAGUUUUGACAACCAUGAUUUUCCCGAUAAAGGAAUUUCAAAGCUUUGCCUUGUGAAUGAGCUAGAUGGCAGCUUGCUUCUUGUUGCUUCAAGUGAUGCAAAUGUUCGUAUAUGGAAAGAUUACACCUCAAAGGGUAAACAGAAGCUUGUUACAGCAUUCUCAUCGAUUCAGGGCCAUAGACCUAGUGUCCGUAGUGUGAAUGCUGUUGUUGACUGGCAGCAGCAGUCUGGAUAUUUGUAUGCUUCUGGGGAGAUAUCAUCAAUCAUGCUUUGGGAUCUAGAUAAAGAGCAGCUUGUUAGUUCCAUUUCUUCAUCGUCAGAAAGCAGCAUCUCAGCAUUGUCUGCUUCGCAAGUUCAUGGGGGUCAGUUUGCAGCUGGGUAUGCUGAUGGUUCUGUCAGGCUAUUUGACAUCCGUGCUGCUGACAUGCCCGUUUGUACAACAAGGCCACAUACUCGAGUAGAAAGAGUUGCAGGCAUUGGUUUUCAACCUGGAUUAGAUCCAUCAAAGAUUGUGAGUGCAUCUCAAGCUGGGGACAUCCAGUUUCUGGAUAUCAGAAAUCCCAGCAACGCCUACCUCACAAUUGACGCUCACAGAGGCUCCCUUACGGCAUUGGCUGUCCACCGCCAUGCCCCGAUCAUUGCAAGUGGCUCAGCCAAGCAAAUCAUCAAGGUCUUCAACCUAGAAGGCGAACAGCUUAGCAUCAUCCGCUACCACCCCACUUUCAUGGCCCAAAAGAUUGGGGCCGUCAGCUGCCUGACCUUCCACCCCUACAGAGUGCUACUUGCGGCCGGUGCCACUGAUGCGUGUGUCUCCAUCUAUGCUGAAGACGGUUACCAGACAAGAUGAACAUAUCCUCUUAUCGAUUUCUCUUGAGGGGAUGACGCUGCGACUAUGCACAUCUCAUCAAUCCAGCAGAUGCGCGGCUAUGUGAAUGCCUGCACCUCCAGGCUGGCCCUUCUUCCUAGCUCUCACCACGUCUCAUAUAAGCAGGGGGGAAACGCGUCGGGGCCUUGUGUGAAAUGUGUAUGUUAUAUAUUCAUUAGCCUCCGCAUCAGAAGGUCGUCGUGUGCAUUUCCCUUUGGAGGCUCCCACAAAUAAUCCAACAUAUAGCUAAAGAUGUAAAUAUCUCCUUUUCUUCCCCCCCUUUUUUUUCUCGUUUUUAUUUGUUCAAUUUGUAAAAGUGGCAUACUGGUUAUUAUAAAUUAUCCCAGACAGUGGAACCGGUGGCGUGGAUGUUGGGGCCCUGUAAACCAGAGGGUUCUGAAGGCACCCACCCUCAGCUUGUAUUGUGUUGAUUGGCCCCCCUUGCCCCCAUUGAUCAUGUUGUAAUAGGAUUUUCAAAUCAUUUGAGAUUGGGUUUGGACGUUGGGCCAAUUGACAUUCUGAAAGACCGUUUAUCUAUUCACUCGGCAAAAAACUGCAUUAGAUUCCACA